UAGUUUCCAACAACAGGUACUAGGCGUUGGCAGGCAAUGCAUGAUUCAUCUCUUUUCUAUUUCUCUCCCAAAACCUAAUCUAAUCUCUCUCCAUCUCUCUCUCUCUCCCUCUUUCCUUUUCAGAUCUGCAGAUUCUCUCUAUCUCCCCUUGUUUAUCAAUAUUAUUCCUGACCCCUCCCCACUUUUCUUGGAAACACCACCCCUCCACCUAUUCUCCACCUAUUCCUCCAAUAUUUUAUUAUUUAUAUGCAAAUUAAAUCUCGUGCAAUGAACGGAACGCACUCCCUUCAUCUCCGUCACACACCCCCCAGUGCAAACCCAUGCACUACUCUCAACAAUAAUAACAACGGUAAUAUUAACGGACAUUACGUUAACGGAGGUGAUAAGAUGAAAAAGAGCUCUAGUAAUACUAAUGUUGUUAAUACUUCACGGGUUGAGAGGUUUUUCCGUAACGCGUCGUUUAUGAAAUGGAGAAGCGGGGAUUUAUUGUAUGUGGUGAGGUACCAUCCUCUACCGUGUCUACUCACUCUGUGCUUGUUCUUUUUUAUGGGCGUGGAGUACACGCUCCGGAUGAUUCCCUUUUCUUCUCCGCCGUUCGAUCUGGGGUUCAUCGCCACCGUCCCUUUUCAUCGCUUUCUUGCUAACUCACCUGCUCUUAAUACUGUCCUUGCUGGCCUCAAUACGGUGUUUGUAUUUAUGCAAACUAGUUAUAUAUUAUGGACCUGGUUAGUUGAAGGUAGACCAAGGGCCACCAUAGCAACACUCUUCAUGUUCACUUUCAGAGGAAUUCUUGGCUAUUCCACUCAGCUCCCACUUCCUCAGGAUUUCCUUGCUUCUGGUGCUGAUUUUCCAGUUGGAAAUGUUUCGUUUUUCCUAUUCUAUUCUGGCCAUGUUGCUGCUUCUGUUAUCGCUUCCCUGGAUAUGAGGAGGAUGCAUAGGUGGGAAUCGGCAUGGGCAUUUGAUAUGUUGAAUGUCUUACAGUUUGUGAGAUUGUUAAGCACAAGGGGGCACUACACUAUCGACUUGGUGGUUGGAGUGGGUGCUGGAAUUCUGUUCGAUACGAUUGCAUCAAAUUAUUUAGAGAGUAAAAAACUAAAAUCUCAUUCAGUCAACGCAUCAAAAUAAGGAUCAUUACUUCUCUGAAGAAGUAAAUUGAGUUCUCCAUUCUUAUGUUCUAUUUGUUUGUUGAAGUGUAGCAUUUCCGAAGAAAAGGGCUUUUGUUUCGUUCUUUGGUCGUUGCUUGCAUCAAAUGGUGUACUGCUCUGGAUUCUGCUACUAGCCUCUUUGUGUUUUAUAUUUAGCAAUUAUCGAUACGAUUCGUGUCCCUAUUGACAUGUGGCAGCACAGUACUUAUCUGUUAUUGUUUAGUUGGACAUUGAUUUAUUAGCAAAGCAGAGAUGAAAAAUUAUAUGUAAAUUAUAGAAGAGUGUAGAGAAAAGCUUCAGAGUGAAUUUAUGGAGUUACAUUCUAUAUAUAUCUUGAAUUUGUGUCUUA